UCUGCAGGGCUGCGAGAGAGAAGUAGCGGUCCGCGUCUCUUCUCCUCUCUUCUGUUCCCUCUCUUCUCUUCUCUCUCUUCUUUCCCCUCUCUUCUUUUAACGUCGAAGAAGGUUUUUUAGAGGCGCACUUCAACAAAGGUUUCUGAACAAUUGAGAAAUAAUGCAAACUGAAUAUGUUGUUAUCCUCUGAGAUGGAGAAGAAUUCAACAGAAGAUGACUGCGUGGAUUCAGGAGCAGAGACCGGAGGGUCUGAUUACAGUCCCAUGUCUUCAGCGAGCAGUGAGUUAUCCAUGGUGGAGCUGCAGGAUCCCUUCCUGGUCAGUGUUCACCUCAUUACUGACCCGGGCCAGGCCAAGUCCCUGCAGCAUGCUGCCGACACCGUCCUGGCCUGGGUCCACCCUGAACUGCAGCUCUUCCGCGUCUCCGAGAGAGCCGCCUGGCAACAGAAGCCCAAGCGCCAAUCAUGUCAUGCUUCGGCAUCUUUUUCAGCCAAUCACGGCCCUCCGCAGUGCCAGCCGGCGCUGGCCGUCAUCCUCUUCCUGCAGGAGCAGUACGGGGGCGAGGAGCAGAUCGUGACCUUACACCGUGCUCUCCGGCGCGCCCCCUGGCACUUUCACCACACCGAGAGGGUCAACAACGGCCGUAGGAUGCUCCCGCUUACUCCCUGCAGCCAAGACUUCUUCACCCUGGCCCCGGGGACUCCUCUGUGGGCGGUUCGCCAGGUUCACUACGGUAAAGAGAUCGUACGCUUCACAGUCUACUGCCGUUACGAGAGUUUCCGGGACAUGGUGCGCAUGUACCGGAUGAUCCUCCAGAGGAAGCUGGCCCAGAAGAAAGAAGACUUUUGUUUUUUCGUGGUGUACUCCAACCCGGAUACCGAGAUCCAGCUGUCAUUCAAGCGGUUGCCGAGGGGCCAGAGCCCCGCUCCUACGGAGUCGGCGGUGAUAGAGAUGAGGGUGAGGGACGUUGGGGCGUUGGUGCCCCUCCUGCCGUACCCCUGUACCCCCAUCAGUGAGGUACGCUGGCAGACUGAAGACUACGACGGGAAUAAGAUACUGCUGCAGGUCCUGUGUGCACGCUACAAGCGUAGACAUACUAUCGACCAGCCAGGAGACUCCUCCCCUGCCCCCUCGCCCCUGCCCACUGACCCAGCAAUGACUCUGCCCUCAGCGGGCACAUAUGGCCGGGGGCCUGCCUCCUACAGGAACCGGCGCUACCACCGUAACUCGUCCCGCUCCCGGACCCAAACCCUACCUCUGCCACAGACCCAGAACCAGACCCAAAGCAGGUCCAGCCAGACCUCACAAACCUCCCGUUCCCUGGCCUGUGAAGAGGCGGAAAUGGAGAUGGGGGCUCGCUCUAAAUCCUGGAGGACUGGUCGAACCCGCUCUCUGUUCUCCCUGCCCAGCCUGGCAGGGUUCACCGGCUCUCGCUCCCGCUCUGCCGGCUCCUCCCCCGGAACCUCACCCAGCCCUGCCCACCACAGAAGCCACUCCCACUCCCUCAGCUCCUCCCUGGUCCCGCCCUUCCGCCUCAACGUGGAUGCUCUGAUUGGUGCGGAGGAGACGGAUGUGGACACAGGGAUAAAGGUGGAUGCGGGUAGCAUUGUUGACCUGUCGGUAGUGUCUGCGUACUCUAGGAGUCACAGACCCACGCCACCACGCCCUCUCUCUGCACCUCCGCGGGACCCAACCCCCUCCCCAUCCCACGCCAACGUCAAGCCCAAGGCUUCAACGCUAGGCCGCCCUCCUGUUCCCAUGAGAACCAGCAGCCUGGCCUCCUCCAAUAGCAUACCUUCCACCCUGCAGCGGCCACGCCCCAACAGCGCUUUCUUGCCCCUGAGUGGCCAGCCGUCCCUGAGGGAUCCCAUCACGUGCAGCCAAUUGGACAGCUCUAACAGCAUUAUUGGCGUGGUGUCUCAGAACAGUUCUGGCAAGGAGGUCGGGGUGGAGGACGACGACCAGGAGUUCUACAUCUGACCAGUUAGUGGCGCUAGAGAGACACGCCGGCCAGCAGGAAGGGCCAGGGACACUGAGUGACAACACAGCUCUGUUCUGCUCUGCCACCUGGGGGCUGGUUUAAGUCAGUGCAGAGGACAGUACCGUGGCGGCAGACAGACGCUUCAUUCAACUUCUUCAUGAAAUCUUUCUCACUUUGUGUUUCUAUAUAGUUUCGAACUAGAUGUUUGUGUUAUUUGUUAUUUAAUCAAGUUGUGGUAUAAAUGCAUAGAGCUUACUGAGAUGGCUUAAAAACACAUUGCAGACUACUCAAAUAUCUCAGAGUAGAAUAUUUAAAACAGAGAUGUUAUGAAACCAGACCUAUUGGACAUAAAUUAGAUUUAAAACAGAGAUGUUAUGAAACCAGACCUGUUGGACAUCAAUUAGAUUUAAAACAGAGAUGUUAUGAAACCAGACCUAUUGGACAUCAAUUAGAUUUAAAACAGAGAUGUUAUGAAACCAGACCUAUUGGACAUCAAUUAGAUUUAAAACAGAGAUGUUAUGAAACCAGACCUAUUGGACAUCAAUUAGAUUUAAAACAGAGAUGUUAUGAAACCAGACCUAUUGGACAUCAAUUAGAUUUAAAACAGAGAUGUUAUGAAACCAGACCUAUUGGACAUCAAUUAGAUUUAAAACAGAGAUGUAAUGAAACCAGACCUAUUGGACAUAGUUCUAACCGUAUACUCAUGUUAUCACUCAGGACAAGGCAGCUAUACGACAGUUUCUGGCUCUCUCAAUUCAUCUAUCCUUGAUUCCUCUCUCCUCACCUCCUUCUCAGCAGUAUUGGAGGAGAAGGUCCAAGGUCACUCCCCUUUGGCCAUCUUCUCCAAUCCGUUUUGCGAAAAGGAAGUUGAGGAGAGAGGAUGCAAGGAAUCGAGGGAAGACCAAAUGAGAAAAGAACCCCUGAUUCUGACACUUUUGGUGCAGUGGGUCCCUCUGCUGGUGAUUUUGUAAUUGACGGCUAAACAGAAUCUAGUUUAUUAAAGUAGUAGUCGGUAUUAUGGAAUGCUUUUGAUUUUAACUGAUUAUUUCUAUGUUCACCAAACUUUUUAAUAUUGAUUAAAACAUCAGAUUAUGUAUGAAUUAAUAAAAAUAAAAUAAAAAAAUGAAUGAUUUUAUGUGAACAGGGUCCCUUUAAGGUGAUAUAACAGUGAGGCUGUGUGAACAACACACACCUAGCCUGUACUGUAUUAAGGUAAGGGAUGGUUUUAACAUGCACUCAGUAUGACUUAAAGACAAAGGCUUGUUUUUGCUGAAAUUACACUGCAACAUAUUGGCUCUCGGUGUUGGCUGUUCUCUGUAUGGCACUCGGUCUUCCCUGUGAAGACUUUACCAGGUGUGACUCUCCUUAAGAGGCCGAUGAGCCUGUACAGAGGAAAUUCCACAAUGCCUUUCUUCAUAUGGACGUCAUGGCGGGGUCUCCGUGAGCUCUGCAGAGGUGAUGUCAUCACUGGCCAAUCAGAAAAGAGAGUUGUGUAAUCCAUUGUUCCACGGUUCAGGUUAUACAUAGUGUCUCAGGUUUUGUUGUCUGUGUUUUUUUUGUGUGUGUUUCUCUGUGUCUCUGUUUGUCUCUGUGUGUGUGUGUGUGUGUGUAAACACACACUCUGUGUCUCUGUUUGUGUGUGUUUCUGUUUGUCUCGAUGUGUGUUUGUUUCUUUCUUUCUGUGUGUGUGUGUUUCUCUGUGUGUGUUUCUCUGUGUGUUUCUUUGUGUCUCUGUGUGUGGUUCUGUGUGUGUUUGUUUCUUUCUGUGUGUUUGUUUAUUUAAAAAAUGUAAUUGUGUUUUUGUAUCUCUGUGUGUAUGUGUCAAAUCAAAUCACAUACACAUGGUUAGCAGAUGUUAUUGUGAGUGUAGUGAAAUGCUUGUGUUUCUAGAUCUGACAGUGCAGCUGUAUCUAACAGGUAAUAUCAAACAAUUCCAUAACAAAACUUAAUAUCUAACAAAUUCCACAAGAAAACCUAACACACACAAUCUAGUAAAGGAAUGGGAUGAGAAUAUAUAAGUAUAAAAUAUAUGGAUGAGCAGUGACAGAGCGGCUAAGAUGCAAUAGAUAGUAAAGAAUAGAUAGUGAAGGAUACAGUAUACUGUAUAUACAUAUGAGAUGAGUAAUGUGAAAUAUGUAAACAUUCUUAAUGUGUCAUUAUUAAAGUGACUAGUGUUCCAUUUA